UGGUCGCGGUAAUCGAUAGCUAAAAACAUGCUAGAUGGCACUUGACGUUUAAUCGAUAAGCGAUAAUUUCAUCAAUACAACUAUACCACAGCAUAAUUAAUUAUUAAUAAAAACAUUGUAAAAGUUUUAAAAUCACACAAUUUAACAUGCUUGACGGGUGGUACUGCCGCUCCUUGGCCAAUGAAAAGCCUACAGAAAACUCUAAUGCAGGAACAACCGAAGCUUCAGCUACGGCUGCUUCCAGUUCAGCAUCCACUGCUACAGCUAAUCAAGCAAACAUUGAUUACAAGGAACGCUACACAAGCAUGAAGCGCAAAUUGAAAUUUCUCAUAUAUGAGAACGAGUAUUUCCAGGACCUGCUACACACUAAUCAACGUCGUUUGCUAAAGGUAUCUCGUGACAGAUCUUUUUUGAUCGAUCGCCUGCUAUUAUAUGAGAAGCCCGCUAAAGAUUCAAGCGAUAGCGAUGCUACAGAUAGUUCCAACUCCGAUGUAGAGCCUACAACCUCAGCGGCAGCCCAGGGCACAGCUCCAGCUAAGGAUCCUAAUAAUCAAGUGAGGCGUAAGCAUAAAGAGAAGCCUGAUGGCAAGCUUGGGAUACCCACCGCACAUCCAGGUCCUGUAGGGGGAGCAACACGCGGACGCAGGCGUAAGAUACUGACUGGCAGCAUGAUGCAACGGCAACCAACAAAAAAGCAAAUGACAGUGAUGCCAACAAUGUCGCCAGCGCUGCAGCAGCAUCAACAACAGCCGCUUGUUUCCAGGGAAGUAGCGGGUUCGCAGAGCACUGCCGAACUGGCACGUCAGUUGCAAGAAAGACGCCCCACUCCCAUAGAGCUGAUGAGUCCAGAAUGCACCUCAGCAACCGUACCCGCCACAAUGCUAAGCGAUGAAAGUCCCUCUAAGAUUUAUCCAAAUGAGAGUUUGCAACACCUAAUGAUGGAGGACGACUCCCCUUCGCAUGUGGCUGCCGAGGAAUGUGUACCUAUGGUUUAUUUA